UUUUAUCAGAAGGUGAAACUUGGGUAUCGGAGAAGAAAAAUAGUUGAGAAUUUUGUGUUGGGGAUGGUCUGAUAUCAUCAUCCAAAGUCCAAAUCUAAUCAAAUAAACCAUCAGCUGAGACAAAGCACAGCCAUGUCCACCUCCACCUCCACCGCCACCGCCGCAACGGCACAACUGAUCCCAUCCCUCCCAGACGACGUCGCUUUGAACUGCAUAGCCCGAGUCCCCCGCUGGUACCACCCGACUCUGUCGAUAGUGUCGAGACCCAUCCGCUCCCUCCUCUCAUCCCCACUCUUCUUCACCACCCGCUCCCUCCUCAAUUCGACCCAACAUUUCCUCUACCUCACCCUCCGCUCACACCAUAACCCCUCCGCCUGGUUCACACUCUACCAAAACCCCAACCCCAACCCCAACCCCACCCCCACCGACCUCCCUCCCCUUCUCAUCCCCGUUCCACCCAUCCCCGCCCCAUCACUCGGCGCCGCCUACGCCGUGCUGGGCUCCACUAUCUACGUCCUCGGCGGCUCAGUCAACGACGUCCCCUCAUCCCACGUGUGGCUCCUCGACUGCCGCUUUCACACCUGGCAACCGGGUCCCCCAAUGCGGGUGGCGCGCGAGUUCGCCGCCGCGGGUGUUGUGGACGGAAGGGUCUACGUCAUCGGCGGCUGCCUUGUGGACUCGUGGGCCCGGACCGAGCACUGGGCUGAGGUUCUAGACCCAGAGAAGGGCCGCUGGGAGGCGGUGCCGAGUUCUGCACUUGAGGUACGUGGAAAGUGGAUGCACGCUAGCGCCAUGAUCGGCGGCCGCGUGUAUGCCAUGGCGGACCGGGGCGGGGUAGUUUUCGAUCCAAAAACUGGGGUUUGGGAAGGAGUUGAGAAAAGGCUUGAUUUGGGGUGGAGAGGGAGGGCUUGUGUGGUCCAUGGGAUUCUGUACUGCUAUGACUAUUUGGGGAAAAUCAGAGGGUUUGAUGUGAAGAAGAGGGCUUGGAAAGAGCUCAAGGGUGUGGAGAAGGGGCUGCCCAAGUUCUUGUGCGGUGCUACGAUGGCGAAUGUGGGAGAGAAAUUGGUUGUGUUCUGGGAAGGGAAGGGAAAUGGCAAAGAAAUUGAGAUUUGGUGUGCUGAAAUUGAGGUGGAGGAAAAGGGAGAUGAUGGGGAGCUGUGGGGAAACAUUGAUCGGUCCCAUAAGCUUCUUUCAGUUCCGAAAGGCUCUUCCAUCGUCAACUGCUUGGCAGUUUCCUUGUGAUGUUUGCUCGUUCGUUCCAUUGCAUUGUAUAAUAUGAUUGUAAGCUUUACUGGUUGCCAAAGUUCUUUAUCAGCAAGGGAGCACCAAAGGACACUUCAAAUUGAUACCCAUUCUUCUCGCAGACAGCUUUUAUGUAUUGGGGAUGACUACUGCAAACUGCAAAGAUCCUAAUAGAAGAACCUUUGAUUUAGGUCAGGUGACACACUCAACUGCUUCAGUGAUUGGUAAUGAUUGAGUUUUAAUAUAUCUCCUUGUAUGCACUACCCGUGUAAUUCAUUUUGGUUUGUAUAUGGCAUUAUGUUGAAUAAAUAAGCAAUACAUAGGCAAGUGGUUCUACUUAAGGACAAGAAAAGCAUUUUUACCCGUUGAGAAGAUGACGAUGAAUUGCUAGACAACCAUGCAAUUGAUGUUAAGUUAUGAUUUCUUUGUAGCUUUUUAGAGACUCAAGUACCUUUUAUGUCAUAUGUAAUCAAUUGUUCAGUUCAUAAAUCAUCUAAUUUCUUUUUA